UUUCAGGCUGCCUCAUGUAUCGGGGAGACGCCCGGUUUCGAGCCGUCCCUUUUAGACGGCCUCUCGUCUGGUUUGGAUUCCGUUUCCGGACAGACCCAAGGUGGCAGCCACAGGCAAAUCGAGAAUGACAAAGGCUCCUCCCACGGUAAAAAUGGCAGCUGCAUCGGGGAUCUCUAUGGGGAUUGCCACAGGGAAGGAAAAUCCCGAUUUUUAUCUGAGCUCUCCUUAGUUUAGAUCUGUGCUGGGGAGACAAAAGUACCAAGGCCAGGAUUGUCACAGAGCUCUCUGCCUCAGUCGAACUCUCUUCCCACCCUCGUAAGUUGGUGGCAGAUAAACUGAACUAAUAAUAAUAAUAAUAAUAAUAAUAAUAAUAAUAAUAAUAUUUAUACUCCGCCCAUCCGGCUGGGUUUCCCCAGCCACCCCAAUCUGCAAUACGGCGAUAAUAAUAACAGGCACUUUAUUUCUUCUUGCAGAACAGUUAGAAAACGGGGUAGACAGAUAUAGUGCUGGCAAAUCCUGACAAGGGCAAGGUCUUGGGUUUCUGCACUGCCGCCUGCCGCCGAGCGGGGCACAGUCGGGUCCUGGAGAGAAACAGUCAGGACAUCCGGUCCGCCAGCGGACGAAAGGAUUCUUCAAGCUCCAUAGAGUUUGUUUGUUUUCGUGGUGCCCCGGAAACGGAAACGAGUGGAGAGCGGAAGCGGCUGUUGUUGGACGGGACCUUGUUUUCCGGUUGAUCCGCCGGGUCUUUUCCUUGCCCCCCUCUCCCAGCUCCCCCCUCCCUUGCGAGGAUGAUGGUCUUGUCCUCGCGCGGGCGGGGGCGGGGCCUCUGGCUGGCCUGGCUGCUCGCAAGUCUUCUUGCAGGUAAGGAGGGCUCGGUUGCUAUGGUAGCACCGCCGGGGGAAGGGGCAGCUGAGCGGAGAUGCUGAGGACAGGCUGCGCGCCUCCUUCGUGCACCUGUGGGGAAUGGGGGGGCGAGCCAGCUAAGCCCGCGUCGCCACCCCUUGCUGCUGCUGCUUUUUUAAAUGCUUUGGAGAAGUAGGAAGCAACUCCUCUUUCUCCUGUUUCUCUCUCUGGACAACAAACAAGAUAGGGUAGAAGGUAAAAUGUAGUCUUGCGCUUGUGAAACUUGCAGGCCUACGUGCGACUUCGUUUGAUCCAGCAAACCAAGCGCUGCUUUAGCGAGGCUGCAUGCAUGCUCGGGAGCAGAUGACUAAGUGAAAGAUCUAGUGUUGUGUACUCUUGUUUUAUAAGCUUGAAAUGUGCUUGCGGGUCCUAGGGGAUUUGGGCGGGUGGGGAAGCAGACCAUACAAUUCUGAAAUUGCCCACCCCUGCUGUAGUAGAAUAUGUAGAGUGGUAGCCAAAGUGGAACUUGUAUUCUUGGGUGGCAAGAUUCUGGUUUUUUGUUGUUGUAUGUUUCUUUUCUGUACAUAUCUUGGAUGGGGUCUAUUUUCUACAGUACAAAGAAAGACUUCAUAAAAAAUGACACUGGGCUUUGGUUAGCAAUACAGUGGUACCUUGGGUUAUGUACUUAAUUCGUUCCAGAGGUCCGUUCUUAACCUGAAACUGUUCUUAACCUGAAGCACCACUUUAGCUAAUGGGGCCUCCCGCUGCUGCUGUGCUGCUAGAGCACGAUUUCUGUUCUUAUCCUGAAGCAAAGUUCUUAACCCAAGGUAAUAUUUCUGGGUUAGUGGAGUCUGUAACCUGAAGCAUAUGUAACCUGAAGCAUAUGUAACCCGAGGUACCACUGUACUGAAUAUUUCAUGCCACGCUGGUAUUUAUGGUGAGGUGAGGGUGGCAGUGGUUGCUGCAGUGUGUGAGCCUCACUGAACGGUUUGCUUUCUUUGAGCCCCCUCAAUUCACACAUUGGAUUAUAAGUUCCACCCACUGCUGCGUUGUUGCGUUGAAUAAAGAUAGAUGUACUCCUAUUGUUCAGCACUAAAUAUGUUAUAUGUCCUUGCAUUUUUUGUAGCAGUAGCUGAAAUGGAAGAAACCACUGACUCGCCAUCUGAAAAGUUAAGUGAAACUGCUGUACCAUUCGCUGUGAAAAGCAGUUCUGUACCUGCAAGCAGCGAUGGGCCUAAAGAAUCGGUACAGUACAGGACUGCAGAGAUAGCUGAUGCUAUGAUGGGUAGCAGCAUACCUGCAGCUGAGCCUGUAGUUCUGUCAGUUGUUCCAGGUGAGUCCAAGGAGAGACAUGUCUUGGAGCAUGACACCGGCACCUGUGAUGCAGCCGUUGAUGGUGAAUGCAGUACGCAGGGUAUUGUUUCAUUUUUAUCUCAACCUGGGUCUCCUAUACAAGAGCAAGUAAUAGAUUCACCUGUAGUUCUGGAAGCAGUGCAUCCUUCAUCAGGAGAGGACUCUAAUAGCACAGAUGGUAUGAAAACCCCAAAAGUGAAUUGUGAGGAAAGAAACAUUACAGGGAUAACAAACUUCACAUUACAAAUCUUGAAUAUUUCACAAGUAAGUGGAAAGCACUCUAAUUGAUUUUUAUAUAUAUCUAAAUUAUUUUAAUUUAAGAGUUUUUUUCAUUUGUCUUCUUAUUAUCAGAAUUUUUUGUAUAAAUGUGGAUGGCAUAACUUGCUUGAAUAAAAUUAUUCAGGAAGAAAAAGGAUGGAUUCUAUGUAUAUUCUGUAUUUGUUUUCCUCAAGCCUAAAUGCUGCACCUUAUACUACUUCCCUUACAUCUCACUUUAGACCACCUCACUUUUUCUGGCUGGCAGGACAGAUAGUUAUCUCCCUACGCUCUGGUGGGCCAAAUUUGGCAGGUGGGUGUGGGAACAGUUGUGCAUAGCCAAACUGAACUCUUUGCAAACUGCCACACACUGCUCCUUUCAACUUCUGAUUUUGGAAGUUGAAAGGGAUUAUGGGGGCUGCUUCAAAGAGCAGUCCUAGGAGGGAGAGGCAAUUUCUAUUUCACGGAAACUGCGUCUUCCUCCUUAAGCAAGGUGCGUUCCUACUGCUUAUCAGCUGAUGCCUUACUCCAGCAAAGAAACAUGCCUUGCUCCAGUAAAGAAAUAACCAGGAGGUUGCUUAAGCUGUUGGUUGCUCCUUUGGAAGCCCCACUCUUACCAGUAUGACAUUGGGUGUAGGGUGUGUGUGUGGGUGAGCAGGUGUGGGUCCUCCAAAAUAACCUGGCCGGCCAAAUUUGGCCUAUACCUGCGAUGAGGUUGUGGGUUGUGUCUCUGCUGAUGGUGGCAAGUAGGUGAAUGUCAAAAUAUCUCCUGAACUUCAUGGUUGCAAUGAAAGUUAAAAGCUCCCUAAGUCAUUUAAAAACUGUUGUGCAGGUAAUAAGUUUUUUAACCUGAAUUGACCAAGUUCACCUUGCACGUAGAAGUACUUCACCGCCUUGUUGAGAUCAGGAUAAUUAACGUGAGCAAUACUAAGUUAAAUAAGUUCCCAUUAUGCCUUUAAAAAGUCACUUUUCUCCUUCUCUUGCAGGAUUUAAUGGAGUUCUUAAAUCCAAAUGGCAGUGACUGUACCUUAGUCCUGUUUUAUACUCCUUGGUGCCGUUUCUCUGCCAAUCUGGCUCCUCAUUUUAAUUCUUUGCCCCGAGCAUUCCCAACUCUUCAUUUCUUGGCAUUGGAUGCCUCUCAGCACAGCAGGUAACUUUUAUAUCCCUCUCCUUUCAGGACUAUUGUACCAUCAUGUAUUUUAAAUCAGGGUUAAGCAAAUGUGCAGAAGAGGACUUUUUCUUGAAAAGUGCAUUUUAAUUGAAUAAUAAUUUGUCUAUAAAUUUAUUUUCCAAAAUUUAGGCUGUUUUAAUUGCAUUCUUUUUGCUCAGUUCACACUAAUCCAUGUAUCCAUUAUCAGCACUUAGCAGAAACAACUGAAGACAUUUUUGUUCCCACAAAGUUUCCCAGCUGGAUGAAUAUGUCUCUGCUAAGGCUGUCUACUUUGUCUUGUUUUUAAACUCAACUUCUGUUUUCAACUAUUUUUAGUUGUUUUUAUUAUACUUUGUACAUUGCCUUUGGCCAUAUAUGGAAGGCAAUUGAUUAACAAUACUAUUAAUUUUCUAGAGUACCCGUUUGAGUCUAAAGUGUGUUGUGACCAAAUGAAUAUAUUUCUUCUGCUGAAAUUAGCUACGGUUCCAAUUUUGUACUGAAAAACACUCAGUUAUUUUAUCAUGGGGUUAAAUGCAAGACAUAUUUAGCAAAGCUAACUCUUUGUUAUCUUAUGUCUUCACAGUUUAUCAACCAGGUUUGGAACUGUGGCUGUUCCCAACAUCCUUCUUUUUCAAGGAGCUAAGCCAAUGGCAAGAUUUAACCAUACAGAUCGAACCCUGGAAACACUGAAAUCUUUCAUUUUUAAUCAGACAGGUAGGAUUUAUUUACUCAUUUAUUUAAUAUAUUUAUAUUCCACCUUCCUCCCAAGUUGGGAUUCAAGGCAGCUUACAGCAUUUAAAAACAUCAGUUAUACAAUACAGAAUAAUAAAAAGAAACUCAUUGACAACAAUAAUUAAAAUGCACUUCAGCGUAUUUAAAACCAACAAUUAAAAUACAAUUUGUCCUGACAGCAGCCCAGUGAUUAGCAUCAUCUGUACCUUAGUUUCCAAAGGUUUGUCUGAACAGGAAGAUCUGAACAGGAAGCCAAUCUAUUCUCUCUUAGGAGGGAAUUCCACAAUUUGGGAAGAGUCGCAGAAAAUACUCACUUAUGUUACCACCAGUCAUGCUUCUGAUGUUGAUGGGACCAAGAGGAGGUACUGACCCAAGGGUCUCAGAACCCAGGCAGGUUCAUACAGGGAUAUUUCGGGUAGCCUGAGCCCAAGCCAUAUAGGGCUUUAUAGCCAUCACUUUGAAUUGUGACUGGGAACAAACCAGUAGCUAGUAAAAUUGUUUUAACAGUGGGGUAACAUGCUCCCUGGAACCAGCACCAGCCAGCAGUCUGGUUGCAGCAUUCUGGGCCAGAUGAAGCUUCUGAACACUUUUCAAAGGCAGAGCCAUAUGGCGUUUUACAGUAGUCCAAACAGGAUGUAACCAAGACAUUUAACAGAUUUUGUAGUCUGAUAGCCACAUGCCUUGCUGGAUAAGUCCAAAGGCCCAUCUAGUCCAGCAUCCUUGUUUUACAGUGAUCAACCAGAUGCCUAUGGGAAGCCUGCAGGGAGGACCCAAGUCCAAAAGUACUCUCCCUGUUUGUGAUUCCAACUUCCACCUUCUUGUUGUUGUUGUUUAGUCGUUUAGUCGUGUCCGACUCUUCGUGACCCCAUGGACCAGAGCACGCCAGGCACUCCUGUCUUCCACUGUCAUACAGCUAGUUUUAAGAUGUUUAUUGUAUGAUCUCCAGGAACAUUGAGUUAAAGUUUUGGGAAACAUUUCAGCCUUAAUCAAGGUGUAAGAUUUUGGGGCAAUACAGAAUAAGGCUCCAUGUCCCAGGUACAUUGAUUUGGGACUAAGGACUAUUGAGCACAGUAGGGAUGCUUCUGAGUAAAAAUGUGCCUGUGGGACCUGCAAUAAAAUGUGAUCUGGAGUGCUUCUGUUUGGUGUUACAGCAAGCCGGCCAUACUUUGUUUCAGGGGACAUUCUGUUCUGUUCUCUCUCUCCAGCCCUCUCCCAUUUUCCACUCUUUUUUCCAAUGAUUGGAGCAGCCCCAAGCAUUCCAAUCUCUCCCUUUUCUUUCUCAGUAGCUCUGAGUAGCCAUCAACUCAGCACCUGAGUAUGUUAUUACAACCAAAUCCUGUCCUAUUUGGUAAGGUAGAUUAAGAAUCCUUCAGCUCCUGUGUGGUGGCAAGAAUUGGGAAUGUAAUAGGUAUCGCCUGGAGAAUGUAGGUGAUACAUGGGGAGAAUGCAAGAGGAGAAGGGUAACUGUUUCAACAGUUAUCUCUUCCUACCUAUGUUAGUAGUGGAGGAAACCCAAUGUCUUAUGUGUUCUACAGAAGAUGGGAUAGUAAGUUGGGAUCCACUUUGAUUUCUUCCUUACAUGCUGCAGCGAAUAAUAAAGAAAAUGAAGAUUGAAAUAGACUUACAUAAGCAAGCUCUGGUCACCACUGACUCACGAGAGAAAGCAAUAAACCUUUCCCCCUACCGGUGUGUUUACAGAUCUUUAUCUGGGCAUAAAAGGGAACUUGUCAGUCGAGUUUCUGUUGCUUUUCCCCUGGGAAGCUGAAGAACAUAAAACUGAAAUUGUAGUUGGCUAAUUAAGAAGCUGUUAUUAAAAUAGGAGUUGUAAGCUUUUGUACUGGUACAUUUUCAGGGAGAGGUGGAAUUAGAGCUGUUUCCAAAUGACACUAAAAUACUUAAAUUUGAGAGAGUCAUAUUUUACGUUACAGUUAGAAAUACCUAUUUAUUUAAUGCACCAGGAGGCUAUAAUUCAAAAAUUACAGAGCUCUGAUGAUGUUCUAGCAGCUGGUAGUUUAAAAUGCUUAGUCCUAAAUUUAAAAUUGUAGGUGCUUUGUGCAAAUAUCUAUACUUAAUGUUGAUUCUGUUCAAUCUUGCACCACACUAAUAAUGAAUACUUUUUUUCAGGAAUAGAGCCCAAGUCUGAUGUGGUGGUAACUGAGGAAGAUCAGGAUGGUCCCCUGCCUAGCACACUGACUAGAGGCAUAGACUGGCUUCUCUUAUUUUCUUUAUUGUUCCUCAUCAGCUUUAUCAUGUAUGCCACUGUCCGGACAGAGAGCAUCCGGUGGUUAAUACCUGGUCAAGAUCAGGAACAUCAGGAAUGAUAUGUGAACUGAGAACUUUGUUUUCAGAACAAGCUAAACAACAUUAAAUUAAAUGGUGGAUCGACUCUUUGUGAUUUCUUGUUAGGCAGGACCCUGUAUUGGUAAUCAUACAUCACUCAGCAGAACUUCCUUGUGAUACAAAUAUGAACAUGCACAGCUGGAAAUUGUUCAUAAAGUUGUUAUGAGGGAAUGACAAAAAUAUACCUAUCUGAUAUGCUUAAGUUUUAGGAACUGUGGGGUCUUUUGGGGGACAUCUGAUGAUCUCUAGUAAUGCAAAUGGAUUGCUGCUUCAUAUUUAAAAAACAAGGAUGUUAUGCAUCUGUGAAAACUGUUGCAGAUGCAGACAGUUCUAAUAGGAAAAGAUCAGGUGUAGGUGUAAGAUGCAGCUUUUAGAAAGUUUCCUGAGCCACCCCAGAUGGUCAUUUUAACUAUGCUAGAUUUGGAGCUGCAACAAUUGACCCCCAUGAUUUCCCUACACACGUUAAAAAAAAUUAAGUAGGGAAUUUGUAAGAAUUGGCUCACUUGUCAAUUUGAUGCUGUCACACAUGUGGUGCUAUGAUCACAGUAUUUGGAUGACAGUGCUGCUGCUAACAUGUCAGAGCUUUUAGUAAGGUUGCACUGACUACUGAUACAUGAACUUGACAUUUAUUUACGGCUGAACUGAGAAUAAUAUGUUUCAGCGUUCUAAAGAGUCAGAAAACACAGAGGAAUACACAUACAUCAUAAUAAACAUACUUUUUACCCCAUAGUCCAUGUUUUGCAAUGUUAAUGUAAUUUAAGCACUAUUGUGAACUUAGUUAACCUUGAAAGGGUGUAUCUCUGCUUGUUCAUGUUACUGUUCUUAUUUUGAUGUGUUAUAUAAAAUAGUAUGACUUUUUAAGGGUAGCCAAUACAAUCCAAUGAAGCUAGCUGCAUUCCACAUUCUGUACUACAGCAGCACCAAAGUUCUAUUGCAUUUUAGAAAUUUCUGAAUCAUAAUAAAUCCAUUAACAUCC